CACGCACACAAGAUUGCCGAGCGGUGACCGGUAAUGUCUGGAAAAGAUUAUUCCACGGAGAGCCAAGCAGGAAGAAAAUUCAAUGCGGACAAUUGCCGGUGUUGUUGUUGUUGUUCUUCUUCUUCGGUGAUCCUGUUGAUUGCAAUAAUGGCUUCAUCGUCACGCGACACACUUUCACAAAUCGAAUCAAUAAGAACAGUAGGCUUUGCAGUAUGUUCAUCUAUCAUUCGAACGCAUUUCGACUUUCUCAAGCAGGUGCUCAGAUCAUUUCCACAAGCACGUACCAAGCUUCUCCUCUAUCCUUCGCCAGAGCUGGAAUAGACAAAGGCACAGCUCGUGCAUUACUACUUCGAUCUGUAGAUCUGACAGGACAAGCAAGAAAGAUUUAUUUGGAGAAACAUCCCGACGCGAUCGAAAAGCCUUUGAUCUCUCUCAGUCUUGGACCUUAUGGAGCUGCACAGUCUGAUGGCUCAGAGUAUACAGGUAUAUACUACGAUCCUGGUAAUUCAAAGGAUGACCCAUUCAAGCCGGCAGCUUUAGAGGACAUGAUCAAGUUUCAUUAUGAUAGAUUAGAAAUCAUCGCUGCGGAACCAUCAAUCUGGUCUCAAGUUGAUCUGCUAGCUUUCGAGACUAUUCCACGCUUGGACGAAGCAGAAGCGAUAAAACAAGCAUUGGACCGGCUAUAUAGCAACGAUAUACAAUGUCAACAGAAACCCGCAUAUAUCAGCUUCGUCUUUCCAGACGGAAAAAGAUUACCAUAUCCCAAGCAAGAAGGCGACGAAGGAGAGCAGAAGCACUUUGAUGAAAUCGCAAGAUGUGUCGACACUUUCGAGGGCAUUGGAGUGAAUUGCACAAAGCCCUACUUUUUGCCCGAAGUAGUGAAGAAGUUGACAAGAGCAGUGGAAAAAUAA